UCGAUGGGGGCGUGUGAAGUGCCAGGCGAAUUAGGGUGUUUCUAAAUGUCUCAGACAAGUUUACGUGUUUCCUUUGGCUAUUGUGAAUAAUAGACAGCAUUUAUCGCAGUAGGGAACGGUCUAAAUUGACCGAAAAUAGCGCACAAGCCAAUCGGCAAUCAGCGCCUGCCGCUAAACAGUUUCGGAAACGCCCAUAUGUGACUUUCGCCCUUAUGAAGUGCAGCUGCCACUGCGAUAAGAAAUGGUUUAACUUAAGCUGGUCUGGCUCUGAGGUUGUUUAUCCCAAAUUGCUGGCCUUGGUUCUUUCAAACGCCUCUGUUGAGUCUUGCGGCACAUGUAAAUAAUUAUACCACAAUAUGUUAUCAUCAGUGACCAUGCAGUCAAUAUCCAAAGCCGAGAUAAAAGAUCUGUUAAGCCAUGCCUUUAAAACACAGUAUAGAGUGCAAGACAGAGAUAAAAAGUCUGAGUCUGUAAUGGAGAAGGUGGUGGAUCUGUUCCGGCUGGACUACCAGGCCGACAUUCUCUCCAACCUGGGCGGCGAGCUCGGCUCCAACUACCCGUCCCGCAUGGUGCUGCUGUCGGCGGCGCCGGCCGCCGGCGUCUCCCCGGCCACGGUUGACUCGGCGCGGCUGCACCGGCUGGCGCUGGUGGCACGGAUGGCGCGCUGCCGCGGCCGGUUCCCCAUCAGCGUCAUCCUCUACCGCGGACGGCACAUCUGCAGGUCUUCCACGCUGUCCGUCGGUGCCGAGAUGUACCCGCGGCACUACUUCCACUCGAUAUUCGGCGGCCGGCCGGCGGGCGACGGCGGGCCCGCGUCCCCGCCGGCCGCCGACGCCGACGCGCCGGACGCCGAGCCGGAGCGGCCGCCGGCCCCCAGCCCGCCGCCGCCCCCCGAGUCGUCCACCCAGCUGUUCGAUCGGCUCCGACACAUGGACAUGACCCUACUGCGGCUCUUCUCCGUGCACACAAUCGCAGAUUUGAUGGUCGAGAACAAGAAGGUCAAGUUUGGAGUCUACGUCUCCUCGUCGGAGAAGGUGGACAAGCAGGAGCGGUACGCUGACUUCGAGCUGCUCAGCCUGCCGUACCCGGGGUGCGAGUUCUUCCAGCAGUACUGCCAGCACGGCUACCAGGACACUGGCCUCAUGUUCGACUGGAACCAGAGCUACAUCGACGCCGAGGUGGUGCUGCCGCCGCCACUUCAGGACCGGCCCGAGGUCCCCUGGCACCUUUAUAGGACGUGGGACAUUGUGCAGCUGACGCAGAACUACCUGCGUCUGCUGCUGCACUGUCUGCACGCCAGUCAGGACGGCCUGCUCAUCCACUGUAUCUCUGGAUGGGACCGCACCCCGCUCUUCGUCUGUCUGCUGAGGCUGACACUGUGGGCCGAUGGGCUCAUACACCAGGCGCUCGACGCGUCACAGAUAUUAUACCUGACGCUCGCCUACGACUGGUUCCUGUUCGGCCACAACCUGGAGGACCGGGUAGCUAAGGACGAAGAGAUAAUGCACUUUGCCUUCAACUUCCUUACACACAUCGAGAGCGACGAGUUCAGCGCCUCACACUUUGGCGAGCCGUCACCGUCGGGUCUGCAGCGGACAGAGUCAGACGUGCACCUGGUGGGCGGCGUGCUGCUCGAAGGCCUGGAGACGGACGCUUCCAGCAUCCACAGCUCGAGCUCGUCCACCUCUGACUGCGCCACCACCACACUGCUGGCCGGCGGAGGCGGCGGCGAGGCGUGGCCGUUCGUCGACCAGCAGACCUCUCUGGAGGCCAGUCUGAGCGAGCUGGAGCUCUCCUCGUCGUCAUCGUGCAGCUCAGGGCGGCCGCGGGCCGAGAGGCGGCGGGGCGGCCGGAGACGGCGCCGGGACGAGCCUGAAGCUCCCUCCGCCGCGUCUGCUACCGCCGCUGUGCCGCCCCCGCCGCCGCCGGUGGUUGGUAGCUACCAGACGGUGGAGCUGCGACCGGCCGACUGCUCGCCCUCGCCCUCUCCGGCGGCACGGCGGCGGGCCGAGCGGAAGGUGCGCCUGCUCGAACGACAGGGCUCUGGCUCGCUGGAGUCGCUACCAGAACAGCGCGACUGGGUGAGCCGGCCGGAGCUGCGGCCGUGCCGCUCCGAGGCGGGGUCGUUCAGCGGCGGCUCCUACCACGAGCCCCGCACCAGUCCGGUGACGGUACCGACAGGAGCCGGGGGCAGUCGGGCGCGACACGAGAGCUGCGGAUCAGUCGGCAGCUGGCAGCUGAUCACCGGGUCCGGCUCUGUGAACGGCUCCGGAUCACAUGGAUCGUCAACACACUCCCGCAGCAGCUAUAAUUCGAUGGGCCACGAAUUUACCGAGUCCACCACGACGCUGAUCGACGAAUCCGGCGAACAGAGCACCGAGCAGCAGCCAGAAACCAGACGGUCGUCCCGGCUGCGCGCGGUGCGCUGUCUGUUCCUGCAGUCGUACAGCUCGGCAGUCGGCCUGAAGACGGGCCCGCUGUCGCAGCGCACCACGGGCGCGCCGGCCGGCUUCUCCAUCGUACCGGCCAUCGUCUCCAGCCUGGCCGGCCGGGUGGGCAUGCUGAUGACCUGACCGCGCCUGGGCCGGCCGGCGCCCCUCAGCUGCAAGUGAGGCCCGCCUGCCGGCCGGUGCGCCGUCCCCGUGUCACCCGCUCAGUCCGACUGGAUACCGUGAGUCGGGCGAGGCGGCACCACUACCCCGUAUAGAAGAGCCAGCAGAUAGCACCCACCGGCUACCGACGGCCGCUCCGUUUGGCCAGAGAAACUCACACACAACAGGAAACCAGUACUGGAAUCUGUACUCAAAUCAAAGCACCGUGCAUUGAAAAAGAGUUCUGAAGAUUUGAUGUGAUGAUUCUGCAUAUCAUCUCUUCGUAUUGGAUGCCUAUGUUUAUACGAUUAUUGACCUGGAAUUAUGACAUACUCCACCCAGACAUAUUGAGCCAUAGGCCGACACCGUAGCACAGUAAAAUACCGACCGUUCCAUGCUUGCUCAGUUGCGUAGCGACGCUGAAUCUGUACAGUCAAAAUACCGUAUUUGUGUUAAGUAUUUUUAGCGUGCCGUACCACGAUAUGUACCGAGACGCUAUGUUGCUCAGGGCAAAGUCAAGUUAACGACCUGUACCAUUUGAAGUGUCAUGAGCGGUAGGGCGUCGAAUCAAAUGAUGUGCAGUGCCUAUUUACUCGAAUGCGUUUUAUUUUUAUUACUAAAAUGCGCGUCCACGCGCGGCGCUAGCUCCGUUAUUGAUCUGACUCGCCGGAUCGCCGUUUUACGAGACAUACGUAACACAGUCAUAUUUUGUUGUCCGCCGGACUAGUGUGUAUUCGUUUGACGGUAUGACCGCCCACCUGAGACCUAUCACUGAGUACCUAUGGCGUCUUCUAGCGGUGUCGUGCGCCGUCCCUCCCCUCUGGCCGUGCGCGGCAGGGGCGGAGGGGGGUAGCCCGCCGUCACCGCGUCUGUGUCUGCCUACCGUGCCGCGGGACAGGGACGAUCAAACGAGGCCUGCCGCCGAGACAUUGGUGCUCAUGUAACCAGGGGACUCAGCCCGGGUAACGUGUAUGCUUCCUUAAAUCAGGUGUCGCUUUUAGCUUUUACGAUAAACGGUGCAAGUAUCCAGGCUCAGGGCAGCUUGUGUGUUAGUUCGGUGGCACGCCUCGUUUGGUCGUCCCUGACCGUUUGUUGUUUGCUUAGGCGCCGGUCGGGUCCGAGCCUGUGCCCAGGCCAGCGGCGGGCUGGGUGGCGCCGCCCGCUCAGUUUUGUACGUGUAUCCGCCGUCUCGGCGGUGCGGUCUGUUGGAUGGCGGCGUGCUGUGGUGGCGGGCGGCCUGCCGGUGCCGGGUGCUGCGCUGUGCGCCCAGACCCAGCGGCUGUGUGAUAGGGUGUGCCGGCUGCGGUCCGGCCAGUGCACGCGCCAUACACACGCCGAGGGAUGUAUCGUGUGUGUAUACGCUGCAGUGACGGGCCGGGAUAUGGGCGCUAGGUCGGCCAGUCGUUCUGACAGUGUGCUGACGGCAAUGUUAUGACCGGGGCUGGUGCUUCUCUGCGGGGCAUGGGCGGUAAGGCGGCAGAAAUACAGGGCGCUUCAGCAGCAAUCACA